CACCUGCGCACAGAUCAGCUGUUCAGUAUUUUACAGUAGGUCGUCAUCGACUCGUUUGUAUUUUAUUUUUCUCCCAAUAAAAGAAAAAUUAAUCAACAAAAAGUGUGAAAAAAGUGCAAAAAUGCUGUCGUCAGUUGCUAAAAAGUGCAGCCUAACAGCACUGAGGAAUGUCAGGCAGCUACAGCUGUCAGCGAGUCGUGCAUCUGAUCAUUUAUUUGUACACAGAGACACGGAAUAUGAUAAUCCAAACAUUCCCUUUGAGUUCAACGAUGCGAACAAGAAGAGAGUCGAUGCAAUCCUUGCAAUAUAUCCAGAUGGUCACAAGAGAGGGGCGAUGAUACCACUCCUGGAUCUAGCACAAAGGCAACACGGUUGGCUACCAAUUUCCGCAAUGCACAAAGUAGCUGAGAUACUUAAUGUUGCGAAUAUGAGAGUUUACGAGGUUGCUACUUUCUACACAAUGUUCAACAGAAGACCGAUGGGAAAAUAUCAUAUUGGUGUUUGCACAUGCACCCCGUGCUGGCUGAGGGAUUCUGAUUCUAUUCUGAAGGCCGUUGAGGAAUCAGCUGGGUGUAAAGUUGGUGAAACAUCGAAAGACAAAUUGUUUACAAUAUCCGAGGUAGAGUGCCUCGGUGCUUGUGCUAAUGCACCGAUGCUCCAGGUCAAUGACGACUUCUACGAGGACCUGACACCAGAAACUACGAAGACCAUUAUAAAUAAAUUCAAGUCAGGUGAGAGGCCACCACCUGGACCCCAGGUUUCUACUCGUUUUGCUGCUGACCCGGCUGGAGGUCUGACCUCUCUUACCAGUCCCCCACCAGCUCCUGGUCAUGGAAUACGAAGUGAUCUAUGAAUUCCCCAGGGUAAAACAACUACUUGUGCCGAUAGUCUUAUCAUUAUUCCAUUGAUGUUACGAUAAAAUGUAUCGAAUCAUUUUUUCGAAAUAAAAAUAUCCAAUUUCAAUCGA